AUGCAGCGACUGAGCUGACAGUGUUUAAGAAUUGAAUAUAAAUCAAAGGCAACGUUGGAAACUAUUGAAGAGUUUCUUUAUUCAUUCUGAGGUGGGAGACAACACAGUGAAACAUAAAUAAUAUACAUUUUUUUCUAUUUGUUUUACAUAUUUUAUUUAUUUUUUGGAGUGUCACUGUGAAGUGUAAUGUUUGGGUGAAGUGGGUGCGGUUGACGGAAGUGUAGCGUUUGUAAGGGAAAUCCAUGUACAUUGGAGCUUCCCGAAAUACUAGUAUUCCGUGUUCCGUGUAGUUACUAGUGCUCAACCGAGGACUGGCUGUAUUUUACUUUUGUUAUACUUUUUUAUUCUUAAUCUCUUUAUUAAAAUAAUAAAUUAAAAUAAUGUUUCAUUUCAACUGUAAUUUCCGUUAUUUUUCUUUCCUGAUUUUAAUGCAACUACGUGUCGUUUUGUGAAAUAAUCCUUUUGCAGUUACAGUAAGUCAACACAAGGGGGAAACGUUGCAAUUGUCGAGCUAAGUGAGCCUUUGUAUUUCUACAUUCCUACGUCUAACUCGAAAAUCUGUCGACAUCUUACAUGUUAUGUGAAUUUAACGAAUGAAACAUCGUUAGCAUGCCACACUGAUGUGCAUUCUGACAGUAUUUUUCCUCGUCACUGUCAAGCAAAGACAGAGAUGUGGUGUUUACUCUUUACUUGGAACUCUCACAAAUCGCCCGGUUUAAUUACAAUGGGAAUGGUACUUCUUAAUUCUAGAAACUCUUCAACACGGCAGCAGAUUAUUAGCACACUUUAGGAAUUCUUGUUUUUGGGAAUGGGAAUUUCAGUAUCCUAGCAGUGGCACCUUUCCAGACAGGGCAUUUCGAGUUGCCUUUGAACAGGAACAAUAAGGUGUCAGGUAAACAAACCUUCAGGAAAUUAGACAUCCUCCAGGUGUUCCUGCUCCAUUAAAACCAGCAUGGCUACAACGUAGCUGAACAUUGGUUUAUGUGGCGUGACGCAAGAGCAACGUCAGCUGAUUUGUGUGGCAAUAGGUGCACAGAUGUAUUCAGAUGGACUGUUAACAAGAAACAAAAGGUUGAGCCGUGAUGAUGUUAUUAAGGUGUCUGGAGCUUCUCUGACCUGAAGUCUGCACAGAACACCAGCACAACUUCAACCGUGUUCUAAAAGCCUGUUAAUCACCUAGACUUUCUCCUCUUUAGAUGUCAAUUCAAAGCCAUUUUAUUGCAUGGCUCGGUACUAAGAUUCUUAAAAGUCACAGACAAAACCCAAAAGUGCUGGUUAGCCUUCUCCUUCAAUGUGUUUAGUUGUUUAAACACAAGCAAAUAAAGCAAAUAUAUAAACAUGUCCUGGGCCGUGGUCAGAGGAAACAUGCUCCAUUUUGUGGUUUCUGAGUGGGUACUUCACACACUUUGUUUAGUACAUGCUAUAAAAUCAUUUUUAAAUUAACAGUACUUAGGUCCGAGUUCCGUUCCUAUAGAGCAACAUUAUUAUUUAAACUUUAAUUUGGAACCCAAUCAGCGGCUGAAUUGGACGGUUCGGUGGGCGUGAUUGGCCCUGUGGGCCACCAUUUGAUAAUCACUGGUGUACGUUCUGUUUGCAUUUAGAAAUAAAUCUCCACAUAAAACUACACGUACCACAAAUGGGUCGCGGACCGAGGUUGAAUGUGAUGUUUCUGCCUGGUUUUUAUGUGCUCAAGACGUUGGCUUGUAAGUUGAAGUGUUUGUGUUGGCAUUCAGUGUCUCCUGCUCUAACCCCUCCUUCUCUCUCUCUCUCUCUCUCUCUCUCUUUCUCACUCUCUCUUUCUCGCAAGCGCUCACGCACGCCACCUCUCCAUCAGUGCUGAGCAGCAGCAGAAACAGAAGGUUCUCCUCCUCCACCUCCUCGACUUGCCACUCUGACAUGGAGCGGUACUGAUUUUUUUUUUUUUUUUUUACUCUCCGUGGUGGGUGUCGGGGUGUCGGACUUCUCCACCUGCUCCUCCACCACCAUGAGGAGCUCCCCGCGACUGUGGUCAGCCUUGCGCCUCCACGUCUACGUCCUACUGCUCCUCCUCAGCGCCUCCUGUCGCCUGUGCGUGGCGGGCAGACACGGCUGCUUGUUUGAGAAGAAGCUCUGUCUCCAAGACCAGCUGUGCAACAAUGACGGUUUGUUUGGACAGUGCCAGUCUCCUCACCAGGAGCCAGUUCAGUACCAGGUGUCUGUACCUGUCCUGCACAAACUGCAGGAAGUUCUCAAAGACCUCAUGGUGCAAGGUCUGACAUGGAAAGAUGACUUCACCCAAGCAGUGAUCAGUCGUGAGUUAAGUCAUGUUCCUACUGUUGGCGCUCCCCUGAAUAAAGUGUCCAAACAAUUGUCUGCCGUGUCAGGCGCUGGUCAGCACAGAGUCCAGGGCUCUGACAAUGGUGUCGACCCAAAGAUGAUGCAGCAGUACGUGGACUACAUGAUUCUGGAUCCUUCCCGGUCUUCAGUCCACAUGCAGAGACCAAUGUUGGACCCAUACACAUAUAGACAGCAGUACGGCUACCAGGAAGAAGAAGAACGCUCCCUCAACUCUCUGGACGAUAAUCCAGGAUUCCCACUCAUCGGCAGAGCAAACACUUUGGCUCAAGACCGCCAGCUUCUCCAGGACCUGUUGUCCUUUUACCUCACCUCCCCUUCCUCCUCAUCUUCCUCUUCCUCCUCACCUGUGCAGUCCUUCCCCCGACACGGAGGAGCAGGAUUCCCAUCUUCCCUGUCGUCAUCCCCUUCGUCCUCCUCCUUUUUCAGCAGCCUUGAUUUCCCUCUGGACUAUGGCGAGGACUACGUCUUUCAGAUGUCUAAACUCAGCCAGCAGGAGCAGCAGCGGCGGCCACAGCAGCAGGAGCAGGAGCAGGAGGAGGAGGAGGCAGAGAAGAAGAAACCAGAGCACGAUUACAGGGCUCUGUCAGGACUUGACGAGAAAUCCCUGCAGAGACUGGCCCUGCUGCUGGAUCCCUACGGCCUGGACCUGAAGGAUCUGACCCCCGAGGAGAAGGACAAUCUGCCAGCUGCCCUGAAGCAGCUCCAGCUGGAGAGCUCUUUUGCCAAACAAGCCAAAGGCAACUAUAAAAACAACGAUGCCACUGGAAAGAAGGUCUCAGAGGCUUCGGUGGGAAAUAAGGUGUUCGACCUGAAGCUCCCGCCCCCUCAGUUGUCCAAAGUGGUCGGAUCUCAGACAGACAAAUCUCCAGCUGUGACCAGUGAACAGGACAAGAAGGAGCCGAGCACCCAGACCCAGGAGGAGUUUGGCUACAUCGUCACCAACCAGAGCCACCUCAGUCUGAUCGACGGGUUGCGACUGUUGCAGCUGCUGUCAGAGAGGAUGGGCCUGUCACAUGGCACACUCCUUAACAUCAGUGUUGUGGGACCUGCCGUCACCUUCAGGGUUAGACCCAACCCCAAGAACUUGACUGCGGGAAAUGUGGCAGAGUCAGCAGUUGCUGAGAAAACAUUUCUGGAGUCGGAGAUGGGUCUGAAGGUGUUGCAAAGCGGAGUUGGAGAGCCACAAAGAAAUAAAGAUGGGAAGGCAUUGCCUCUGGCCACUCGGGUCCAGUCCAGCUCUCACUGGGUCUUCGUCACACUGGUGGCCAUGGGCUGCAUCGGAGGCAUCCUAGUGGCAACGAUGACAGUCGCCUGCCUGCGCCACCACGCUCACCGUCUGGCGGCCAAAAAACUUGGGUUGGGGCCCGAGGGAGGCAGCUUUAGCCACCAAGAGUACCAGGACCUGUGUCGCCAGCACAUGGCCUCCAAAGGUGCUUUCGGACGCCUUGAAGCCGCAGCUUUGGGCGCAGUGGGAGGAGGGAGUGGAGGAGGUGGCAGUGCUGCCAGUGUUGGAGGAGGAGCAGGAAGUGUAGGAGGAGGAGCAGGAGCAACAGGAGGCUGUGGUGCAGACUCCAGAGUGAGCAGUGUGUCGUCCCAGUUCAGUGAUGGAGCUCAGCCCAGUCCCAGCUCCCACAGCAGCACUCCUUCAUGGUGCGAGGAGCCGGCCCAGGCCAACAUGGACAUCUCCACUGGUCACAUGAUCCUGGCUUACAUGGAAGACCAUCUAAGGAAUAAAGAUCGUCUGAUGAAGGAGUGGGAGGCUCUGUGUUCCUACCAGGCUGAGCCCAGCGUUGUCUCUGUGGCUCAGAGUGACGCCAACGUCAAAAAGAACCGUUGCCCUGAUUCUGUCCCCUAUGACCAUUCCAGAGUGAAACUGAAAGAGAUCAACCCUUCACGGUCCGAUUACAUCAACGCCAGCACUAUAAUCGAGCACGACCCCCGGAUGCCGGCCUACAUCGCUACCCAGGGCCCCCUGUCACACACUAUCUCUGACUUCUGGCAGAUGGUGUGGGAGAACGGCUGCACUGUGAUUGUGAUGAUGACAGCACUGGUGGAGGAUGGGGAGAAACAGUGUGACCGCUACUGGCCUGAUGAAGGCUCGUCCCUUUACCACAUCUAUGAGGUCAACUUGGUGUCUGAGCACAUCUGGUGUAACGACUUCCUGGUGAGAAGUUUUUACCUGAAAAACGUGCAGACCCAAGAGACCCGUACCCUUACUCAGUUCCACUUCCUCAGCUGGCCAGCAAAGGGCAUCCCUACUUCAACGCGCCCCCUGCUGGAUUUCCGCAGGAAGGUGAAUAAGUGCUACAGAGGACGAUCCUGCCCCAUCAUUGUACACUGCAGUGAUGGUACAGGUCGGACUGGAACUUACAUUCUGAUUGACAUGGUUCUGAACCGCAUGGCUAAGGGAGUGAAGGAGAUUGACAUUGCUGCCACACUGGAGCACAUCCGUGACCAGAGGCUUGGAAUGGUUCGCACCAAGGACCAGUUUGAGUUUGCUCUUACUGCGGUGGCAGAGGAAGUCAACGCCAUCCUGAAAGCUCUGCCACAGUGAAGUAAGCACGUGACCUGGACCUCUCCCACUCUGACAAACUGACCCGGCCUCUCUGACUCAUGCUAAAAGACUAACCUUUAAUGUUUAUUUCCCUGUUAAAAAAAAGAUCAUGGUCUAUCUGUCUGUCCAGUGAUGCCUUGAAGUGCAAUGUCGCACAACAUAAAAAUAAAAAAAGUAAAAAAGACUCAUGCCAGUCAAAAAGAUUAGUUUGGAGAGACUCUGGUGAGUGAAAAUCUGAGUUUAAUUGUUUGUGGUGCAGCUGUGAUUCACGUAUUCACGGAUGUUCAGAUCAUGGCAAAUGUGUCAUCAAUUUAUUUUUUUAAAUAGCAGGGAAAAGAAGAAAUGAAGCUACACAUGCCUUGUUACUGUUCAUCAACUCUGACCAUGAAAAACUGGAUGCAUUUUUCUGAACCCUAUAACCGCAUGUGAAUGCGCCACAAAUAGUUUAAACCAAAGAUCUUGGUAUUUUGCAAGUCUGGUUGAAAUCAUUGCUGUUUUGAAAGCAAGAUGAACCACACAGUUAUUUACCAUUAUAAAUUCCUAAAUUCCUAAAAUUCUGUCAAAUGAAAAACAAUAUAAAUUUAGAUUCCCCAGAACAAUUUAUUUAAGUAUAAAAAGUAUAUAAAUAAAAGUAUAAAAAAGUUUGGCAAGAAAUGGGUUGAUUGCCUGCACCUCAGGAGCUUCUGUUCCUUUCUUUGUGUAACAUCUGUUGUAACACACAUGUUAUAUUCUGUUCGCUUGUCAUUGUUCAUUAGUCAUUAAAAGUGGAUUGAUUGUCGUAUACCUCAUGCAAGUUAAAAAAUGAAUAAAAAUAAAAUGUUAUUCUGUUAAAGAAAAAAUAUCUAUUUUGUAUCUGUGCGCUCGUAAAUAAAUCGUUACGUGUUUAAUUGCUGCAAUCAA